AUGACGGAUGGCAGUUACGUUGAUGGGAGCUACUUUUUCUACGCACCCAACAAGGGCGCGCCCUUCUUCUUCGCGAUAGCGUUUGCCGUUUCUGGUAUACUGCACUUUUGGCAGUGCUACCACUACAGGUUCUUCAAAAUCACGGGCCUGUUUUCGUUCUGCUGCCUACUCUUUACCGUGGGCUUCGCCUUCAGAAUUUAUGGCGCGUGGAACUAUGACAACCUCGACACCUUCAUCGUGACGGUUUGCUUGGUGUACGCAGCGCCACCCCUUCUCGAGCUGACCAACUACCACAUCCUCGGCCGCGUCCUCUACUACGUCCCCUACUGCUCCCCACUUCACCCAGGCCGCGUGCUGAGCACGUUUGCCUUCUUCUCCGGCAUCGUCGAGGCGCUCAACGGGUGGGGCGCCAGCUACAGCGCGAACCAGUCCCUCUCGCCACGGGAGAUGUCAACGGGCCACGCCCUCAUCAAGGCGAGCCUGCUGCUGCAGGUUUUUGUGAUUGCGUGCUUCGUCGUCCUAGCCGUCACGUUCCAGCGGCGCUGCGUGCACGCCGGCGUGGCGGGCCGGCGCGGGGUUCGGGAGCCGCUGGUCACGCUCUACGUCAGCAUCGUGCUGAUCCUCGCGCGGACGAUGUUCCGGAUUGUCGAGUACUUUGGCGUCGCGGAGAUGCGCUGGGGCCCGGACGUGGACGUCGCCGAGGUCCCGGCGGUGAUCCAACACGAGUGGUUCUUCUACGUGUUCGAGGCGAGCCUGAUGCUGGCCAACGUCGUCAUGUUCAAUGUGCGACACCCGCGCAGGUACCUGCCGGAGAAGUACACGGUGUACCUCGCCAAAGACGGGGUCACCGAGGUGGAUGGGCCCGGGUGGAAGGACCCGCGGCCGUUUUGGGUGACAGUGGUGGACCCGUUCGAUCUGGUCGGUAUGGCGCAAGGCCGGCAUCGCAGACUGGACCGAUUCUGGGAAGGGGAGCACGUCAGUGAGACGGGAGGCUCGAAGACGCGGACGGGAAACAAGGGGACUGAUGCUGUGUAA